AUGAAGAAACUGGCUGAAAAUCUUCCAGACCAGAAGGAUGUUAACAACAUAGGUUCAGUUCCAAACUCGCUAAGGAGGGGCGAGGCCUUGCCGGGCCCGGGCCCCGGGCCGGGCCCACUGGUGCUGGAGGCGCGGCCGGCGCUGCAGGGGCUGCUGGGCAGCGGCACCCGCGUCGCGCUCGCGGCCCCCCCGCCGCCGCCCGGUGCCGGUGCGGCCUCCUGGCAUCGCCCCGCAGCGCCGCCCCUCGUCUCCCGCUUCGCCGCCGGCCCCCGAGCUGCAGAGGGGCCGCGGUUGAGGGCUGCGCCCCCCGGUGGAGGGGCCGGCGGCGGGGCGGAGGUGUGGGUGAGCCGGCGCGGGCUGCUGGCCCUGGGGCUGUUCCACGGAGAGUGGGUGCGGGUGCGAGCAGAGGGGGAGGCCCGGCAGCACCUGGCGGCGCUGCUGGCUCGCCCGCCCGCCUGGGAGUACCCGCGGGCAGCCCGCAGAAAGCCCCCCGAUGGCACUGCGCUGCUGGCGCCAGCCCUCGCCUUCAACCUGGGCUGUGACCCUGCCGGCGGUGGGCUCCUCUGUCUGCAGAGGUAUGAAGGAAAGGCCGGGGCUGCGGAGGGGAAAGGAAGCCGCUCCUUGCUGUCCGUGCCGCCCUUUGCCAAGGAACUGCACGUAGAGAUCGUCUGCUCGCCAGCCUACAGUGCCAGAGGAUUCUAUGACCGUAUUCUCUACAAGCACUUUGAAACGCCCCGGCUUGUCCAGGAGGGAGACAUCCUGUGUGUUCCGACGUUUGGGCAUGCUGAGUUUUUAGAUGUAAAUGCAGACAAAUUUCUUAGGUGGCCAGAGCUUUACUUCAAAGUGAGGAAGAUUUUAGGCAUGGUAGAAGGCGAGCAGUCUGAGGGUUACCUGGCGGACACGCAGAACACCUCUUUGUAUCUGGUGGGCUCAACAAACAGCGCUGUCCCAUCUGCCCCAGCCUAUAACAGCCACGAGUUCUGGAGCAGCUUGUCUCCUGCUGGACUCUCUGAUGUUGUGAAGGACCUCUGCGAUGCCCUUCGGCCUCACCUGAACAGUCAGGCCACCACGCUGAGCAGGGUGGGCAGCGUGCUGCUCUCAGGACCAAGCGGCAGUGGGAAGCUGAUGGCUGUCAGAGCUGCGUGUAGCUGCCUCAACCUCCACCUCUUCAAGGUGGAUUGCGUUAGUUUGUGCGGUGACACCAGUGGAGCCACGGAGGAGAAAAUACAGACGGCCUUUGCCCAGGCCCAGCAGUACCGUCCCUGCGUGCUUCUGCUGAAAGACAUAGAGCUGCUGGGCAGGGACCGGGACAUGCUGGGAGAGGACGCCAGGGUCAUCGCUACUCUGCGCCAGCUGCUUCUGGAUAGAGACCCGGCACUGAGCCACCCUGUCCUGGUGAUUGGCACAACCUGCAAACCCCAGGAUGUUCCUACAGAUGUGCAGACUGCUUUCCUUCAUGAGGUGAAAAUCGAAGCCCUUUCAGAGGAGCAGAGGAGGUUGAUGCUGAGCAUGCUGACUGCCAGUCUUCCUCUGGGCAAAGAAGUGAACCUAGCCAAGCUGGCCCGCAGGACUGCAGGCUUUGUGCUGGGGGAUUUCUGUGCCUUGCUGUCCCACAGCAGCCGGGCUGCCUGUACCCGCAUCCAGGCCUUGAGUUUCCCAGGUGGGCUGAGUGAGGAAGUAGAGAGAGAUUUUUGCACUGCUGGCUUCCCGGUGCUUGAGGAGGAUUUCAGCGUUGCGCUGGACCAGCUGCACGAUGCCCACUCGCAGGCGGUGGGAGCCCCAAAGAUCCCCUCCGUGUCCUGGCAGGAUGUUGGUGGGCUCCAUGAGGUGAAGAAGGAGAUCCUGGACACAAUCCAGUUGCCCCUGGAGCACCCAGAACUGCUGUCGCUGGGUCUGUGCCGCUCUGGUCUGCUGCUGUACGGGCCUCCUGGCACAGGGAAGACCUUGCUGGCAAAAGCCGUGGCAACCACAUGCACCAUGACCUUCCUUAGCGUGAAGGGGCCAGAGCUCAUCAACAUGUACGUGGGGCAGAGCGAGGAGAACGUGCGUAACGUGUUUGCCAGAGCCCGGGCAGCUGCUCCCUGCAUCAUCUUCUUUGACGAGCUGGAUUCUCUGGCCCCAAAUCGGGGGCGGAGUGGAGACUCGGGGGGUGUCAUGGACAGAGUUGUCUCACAGCUCCUGGCUGAGCUCGACGGCCUUCAUUCCAGCCGAGAGGUGUUUGUCAUUGGAGCCACGAACAGGCCUGACCUCCUGGACCCAGCGCUGCUCCGGCCGGGCAGGUUUGACAAGCUGGUGUACGUGGGCAUAAACGAAGACCGGGAGUCCCAGCUGCAGGUGCUGAGUGCAGUCACCAGGAAGUUUAAACUGGAUCCUUCCGUGAAUCUCAGCAGCAUCCUAGAAAAAUGCCCGGCUCAGCUGACAGGGGCAGACAUCUAUGCGCUGUGCUCCGAGGCCAUGAUGUGCGCUGCCAAACGCAAGGUGGAAUGGAUCGAGGAAGGGCUGGACACAGAGAGCUCUGCUCUCAUCCUGACCAUGGAAGACUUCCUGCAGGCUGCUGCGAGGCUGCAGCCAUCGGUGUCUGAGCAGGAGCUGCUCAGGUACAGACGCAUCCAGCAGAAGUUUGCUGCCUGCUGACGCUCGGCGGAGGUGGGCCUGGAGGAACAAAGGGGAGGAUGCGCUAAAGGUGCGAGAGAACUGGGGCAAAAACAGACGCCCUGCUGGUGGACCCCUUUUUUGAGCUGGGCUGAAAAAGCGGCCGUGCAGUUCUGCGUGCAGGCAAUGUUCUGCUCAGCCUCCCUGGGUGGUGGGUUUGUAGCGGUCCCUCAGCUGUAGAGGAGCACCACGGUGCUGCCAGGAACCUGCCAGGGUGACCCCAGGCAGGGAGAAAGCUGAGUCUGGUGGCUGAGGUGUCUCAGGACAGAAAAGGGAGGCCAAAACUGGACCUAGUUCGGCAGCGGGAUGUGGGCUGGAGGCAGUCACUUGUGGGACAUGGGGCAAUGCUGCUGCUGUGAGCCUGGCCUUGACCUGGUCUCCGUGAAUAAAUAGAAGUUUCUGCUCCAUUGCG